UUUAAAGAUGAAUGUGACGUACGAUGAAUACGGAAGGCCAUUUAUAGUGCUGAGGGAGCAGCCACAGAAGAAGAGGAUCAGGGGGUUGGAGGCUCAGAAGCUUCACAUACUGGCGGCAAAGUCGGUAGCGAACAUCAUGAAGACAAGUUUGGGCCCGUGCGGGAUGGACAAGUGUAUGGUGAGUCAAGAUGGAGAUGUGACGCUGACGAAUGACGGCGCGACCAUUUUGGACGAAAUGCACAUUGAGGAUCAGAUAGCGAAGUUGUUCGUGCAGUUGAGUCAGUCGCAGGAUGCGGAAGUAGGAGAUGGGACGACGGGCGUGGUGGUGUUGGCGGGAGCGUUGUUGGAGCAAGCGGAGCAGUUGCUGAACCGAGGGUUACACCCGUCGAGGGUGAUUAGAGGUUACGAGAUGGCAUUGCAGGUGGCUAAAGACAGGUUGAGGUCUUUGUCGGAGCCGAUGAAUUGGUCCAAGGAGAACCCGGAGGAGUUGAUCAAGAUUGUGUCGACGUGCUUGAGCAGCAAGGUGGUAAGUCGAGUGCAGCACGAGUUGGCGACAGUGGCUGUAAAAGCGGUGUUGGCAGUAGCGGAUUUGGAGCGCAAAGAUGUAAAUUUGGACUUGAUCAAAGUAGUAGGAAAACAAGGGGGGAGGUUAGAAGAUACAUGUCUGAUAGACGGUAUUUUAAUAGAUAAGGACUUCAGUCAUCCACAGAUGAGUCCGGAGGUGCAAGAUGCGAAAAUUGUGAUACUGACGUGUCCUUUUGAAGUGCCAAAGGUGAGGACCGAUCACAAGCUAACUAUUGGGACUGUGGAACAGUAUCAGGAGUUGGCCAAGUUAGAGAGUGACUAUUUUGUGGACAUGGUAGAGAAAGUGAAGGCGAGUGGUGCCAACGUUGUCGCGUGCCAGUGGGGAUUUGAUGAUGAGGCAAACCAUUUGCUAUUAGAGAAAGGACUGCAUGCAAUAAGGUGGGUACUAGGAACAGAAAUUGAGUUAUUGAGCAUUGCCACUGGUGCUCAGAUAGUUCCUCGCUUUUCCGAAAUUACGCCUGCAAAACUUGGCAAGGCAGCUCGCGUUCGAGAAUGCUCAUUUGGUACCACGCGAGAUAAAAUGGUUGUCGUCGAAGGGUGCUCCAAUACCCGUGCGGUGACCAUUUUGGUCAGGGGUGGAAACAAGAUGAUGGUUGAGGAGGCUAAGCGAGCAUUGCAUGAUGCAUUGUGCAUGGUCAGAACCCUUAUACGAGACACCCGCAUUGUGUAUGGCGGUGGUGCAAUGGAGCUUGCCUGCAGUUCGGCAGUUUCCCAAGCCGCACAAAACGUUUCUGACGUUGAGCAGUAUGCAUUCCGAGCGUUCUCGGAUGCACUCGACUCCAUCCCGUUGGCACUGAGCGAAAACAGCGGUCUUCAGGCCGUCGAAACCGUCACUUACCUAAAAUCUAGACAGCAACUUGAACAGCGCUUUGACUUGUGCAUUGACUGUCUUGGCACUGGCAAUGACAGCGCCAAAGAUCUGCACGUUUACGAGUCACUUUGCUCUAAAGAGCAGCAGUACAUGCUAGCCACUCAAGCUGUCAACAUGAUUCUGAAAAUCGACGAUGUGAUCAAAAAAGACAGCGUUUGAUCAUUUAUAAGAAAAUUGCAGCAUUGUUCGGACCUAA